UUGAAAAGAAAGCUACAUAGCUCAGUGGGCCUUACCUGGUAAAAUAAGUCAAAAUUCGUAUUUUUUCCCCCUAAUAUAUGUGAGUGAGCAGCGUCAUUGCCAGCCGCGUAGGUGAGGAAAAAAAUGAACUCUCUACUCGACACCGAACUAGCAAGCAAUGGAGAGAAGCCAGCAUGAAGGCCAUAUGUCAACAUGCGUUCGCAUUCUGACAGGCGUAUUCUGCACGUGCUGGAGGCGACUUAACCGUUUUAAGGGGGCAUGCACGCAAAGAGUGAAUCGCAAAAGUAAAUGCGGAGAGAAAAAUAAACGCACGAAGUAGCUUCGCAAGUGUGUCUGCAAGUGAAAGAAAAGUGGGGGGCCGCAGGCUAUGUGUCUAAGAUGAAAUCAAUUUUAAAAACGGGUUAACGAUCUUGUGGGGAGAAAAAAAAAGCAUCAGGAAAUCAUCAGUAACAGCAGAGCCAUCACGGCGAUGUAGCUUUGUGUUAUUUUUUUUGUGUGUGUGAACGCACAGGCCUUACAAUGGCAAUGAAAUGGGAAUCGGGACCGCGCUUUGUGAUGAUGAUCAUGAUGAGUGCCGAGGAAUUUCCCUCUGUGGGUUUUCGCGGUGCGGAACUGGUUCGACGAGACUGCGUGGCCAGGCCCUCGAAACUGUACAGGAGGCGGAGAUCGAAGGGCAGACAGACGAGAUGCCUCUCUUGGUGUUGUGAGUUGACGCUUCGGGAUUCCGAGAGGUGUCGGCUGGAAGAGAGCCAAAAGCUCGUCUGUUAGGAAGCAAACAGGCGCAUCGAUGGAAUGUGAAUCACUAAUUCUAAAGGGUUCCAUGGACAUUGAGGACGAGGAUAAGCUGCUUUGGGACCAGCUGGAGCGGUUCCGCGAGGUCAUCGUGAACACCAUCAAGGCCUCAAGGGUGACGCAUCACCUGCGAUCGUAUGGGGUCAUCUCCGUCCAGGAUGAGGAGGAGGUGACGUGUGGCGACUUGACCCUCAAGAACGAGGCGAUGCGCAUGAGCCGUUUGUUGGACAUCUUGCAGACCAAGGGCAAGAAGGCCUACGAAGUGUUCAUGACACUGCUGGAGACGCAAUACCAAAAUGUCUACACCAAGAUCAGUGGAAACCCUCCUAAGGCUGGCCAAGAGUUUCCGGAUCCCUUGCCGCUGUUGGAGCAGCGUGAAAUGGCCGAGCCGUUCCCCCGCUGCCUCAUCGCGCAGCUCGUGCGGCUCGAGUCCCAGCUGUCGUCGAAGCAGCGCGAGCUGGGCCACCUGCGGGGCAAGAUCGCCGCCCUUGAGGAUCGACUCAAAAUCCUGGAGGCCAAGGGCGUGGAGCUAGUGCAGGUGCAGGACCGGCUGCAGCGUGUGCAGGAGGAGAGGGACAACUGCAGCGACGAGCUGGCGCGAGUUAAAGAUGAGAACUACACGCUGGCGAUGAGGAUGAUGACGAUGAGCAAUGAGCGCACAGCGGCGCACAUGAGGUGCCGUGAGCUGCAGCUGGAGGUGGACGAGCUAAAGCACGUGUGCAACGAGGCCAAGCGUGAGUGCGAGGUCGUGCGGCGCAACUCUCGCCGCGUGCUCAAGGACAUGGAGCGCAGGCCACACGCGGAGGUGCUGCUCCAGCUGCAGCAGGAAAAUGCCCUGCUCCGCAACCGCGUGGGCAAGGAAAAGGGAAACAAUUCUAACGUCUCCUGCGAACACCUCCAGGAACGAGAGGAAUUGCUCAACCAGAUUUUCUCCCUUCGCCAAGAGUUAGCACGGGCAGAGGAGCUCAGAGAUAAGUACCUGGAAGACAAAGGGUGCCUGGAGCUGAAAUGCGACACCACGGAGAAAGAUUGCCAGAUGCACAAGCACCGCAUCGCGAGCAUCCUGGCCGAGCUGCAGGACGUGGAGAAGGAGCGAGAGAAGGCACUGGAGUCGCGGGACCACGCUCAAGGGGAGCACGCGCGCUGCCUCGCCAUCAAGGACCGGCAGCGCAAGCAGCUGCGCGAGCUGCAGGAGCAGCUGGACGCCCUGCGCGUGGAGUUCGCGCAGAGCCAGGCGCAGAUCAACAGCCUCAACGCCUGCGCCAAGAAGCUGCAGGCAAAAAAUUCGGCGAGCGGGACGGCGAACCUCUUGAUGCCGGGGAGCGGCCGGGGCAUGACCAGCACGGCGUCGGAGCCGAACCUGAGUCAUCCCCACGUGAUCAACAAGAGUUCAUCUUUGCAAGACAACAUCUCGAAUUCAUCACUGGAUCAGCAUGAUGACGAUAUAUGCAAGUCACUCCCAGCCUCGGUCCUGAAAGCAGCGUUCAUAAAUGCCCACCGAUAUGCUUCGAGGGAAGAUGUGACUAAUUGCAAGUACAAAGAAGGGUCGCCGAUGGAACCCGCGCCGAACAAGACGGAAAACGACGAAAGCCCAACGGUUGAUUGUCAGCAUCAACAAUUCCGACCUCCCAGGCUUAGUUACGGCAAGUACGAAGCAUUCAACACUCCUGAAAACCCGCGCGUUUCAAAGCAGGACGAGGAGGAAGACCUGACCUCCGCUGAUAGAGAACCAAGGGAGUUGCUGAAAUUUCCCGACUGCAGGACGGACAGGCCAUUCCGAGUCAGCCCAUUGCCGAGCGAUUUGCCCCAGAACCCAAUACGGCCUGUGGUGUAUCGCACGAUUCUUGCUAAGACCCUCAUCAACUGGGUGACCGUGAUCGGAGGAAACCAGACCGGGGUCUUCCUGCAAACCCCUCACAACGGCCAAGCGCCGGGCCUCUCUGGACUUGAGGAGAACUACCAAAUCCUGACGGUGGAGGGGCAGAUGCGCGGGUUGAUGGAGAGACAGAGGUUUUUGCUGGAGAAUACAACGAAAGAAGAGGCCACGUGGAUCCUUCAGAAUCUCACGGCAGAGGUCACGCUCUCCCUCAAGCACAACCCAGAAGGGUUUGCCAAGGUGCUGAGCAACCCAGACAUUGGGGAUUCCUUCUACGUGCAGAUCCACUUCUCGCUGUCGCCAGAGACAGACAACUGUGCCCUGCCCGUGCUGUGUGGGGACUACCUGCACAUCACCAACUCCGUGCCGUCCCCCUCCGACCUCCCCCGCUGCACCAAGGCCAGCCACUCCCUGGACGGGGAAACAGACUUGCAUUGGAAGAACAACGAGUCGUGGCAUGCCUGGAAGAUUGAUCCAGAAACCCUGGAGCACAAGCAAAGAGGCAUGGUACCCAACUAUCAAAAGGCGAAGGCACUGCUUCUUGUGAAACAGAAGCGGAUGAUGGGAGGCUCCGGCGAUGGUGCCCAACAGUCAUGGAGCCAGAUUUUCCGUUCCAGGAGAGUCGAGAUUGUUCGCUUUGUACGAGCCAACAGACAUGGAGGCUGGCCGUCCGUGCGAGAGACAAACAGUGGGGGCUGGCUGCCCUACACGCUGGUGACUCCCCACCGAGUGACGGCACGCCGCCCCGUCGUCGUGCUGCCCAGCCUGGUGGCACGGCACCUGGGCCCGCUGCUCGCCAGGCAGUACCAGGACAUGGUCCACUACCUUCCAGUGAACCUCUCACCCGAGGAGUUUGCCAGGCGCGAGAACAAGGGGGAGGUUUUGAAAUCGGGUUGCCCUGGGAGCGGACCUCACAGCUGCUGGCUCCUUCCUUCCUUGCGGGAGCAGAUGGACAAGGUUCACUGCGUGAUUCCAAUCGGUUUGGAUGCGGUGGAACUUCUUCACAAAGCUGACAUUUUCCCCAUCAUCAUUUUCAUCUUCUUAAAAAACAAGAAGGAGCUGUCGCUCGUGGAUCCUACGGACAACUCGUCGCCGCCAACCGUGGCAUUCAACGAGGACCGGAAGGCAUUGGCCGAGAGCGGAUACAACUACGUGGAGCUCAAGGGCAGAGGCUCGCUGCUCAAGGCGCUCGCCAGCGAGCAGGACGGCGGCGCGCCGGCGGCUAAGGACGGCACGGUGGUGGGGGUCAUCCUGCAGGAGGCGAGGGAGGCGGUCGUCGCGGAGCAGAAGAGGCGGGUUUGGGUCCCGCGCAAGCACAUGUGAGGGGGGCAUCUGGGGGGGUGGGGGGGGGGGGGAAUGCCGCCGUGACGGCGUCGACGGUGGGCAACGACGGUCCGGGACGGAAGCCAGGAGGGUGCACGGCGCGCACCCUCGAAGGGAAAAAGCCAUGUGCAGUGCACGUUCCACAUGCGUCGCAUCAAUUGCGAGGGAAGUUUUUUCCGCGGGUGACCGCAUUUUUGUUUAAAAAAUUUGUAGCUAAUAAAAAUAAUGCGCGGCACGAGUCUCGUCUUGCCAGUGCGCUGUGCGGGAUGGGGGCACCGCGUGUGGGGCCUUGAGGAGGGAUGGGCGAGUGCUGGUCUCACUCGGGAACGGGGAUGGCUCCAGCAGCUGGCUACAGAGCCAACGCCUUGCGUCGCUCGCGGAGCGUCCUUUGAGAGUCCCUCGGUUGUUGUUGUUGUUUAAAAUGUUUCCACGUUUAACUCCUUGCAUAUAUGCACACGCGCGCAUACGCGUGUGUGUAGGGUGUAAAUGGGGUGCGGUGGUGUAGCGGUUAGCGCUACGCUGCGCUACGAACCUGGCAACCCGGGUUCCAGUCCCGCUCACGGCCAACACCAGUGACGAUUAUCUGAACCGGUCCUGGGCCUCCCCUAGGUCGACUCAGCCUCAAGUGAGUACCUGGUGCAGUGUGUAAACAUCGCCACUGGGAAGACAAAGGUGGCCGGUCGUGUUGUUGGCCACCCACACCUUCAUGUGUCGUGCCGGGCCUUCAUAGGUGCUCGCUAACAGCACUUGCCCCAACAGUCUGUUAAGGCUAUGCGGGGGAUCUUUAUCUUUGUAGGGUGUAACGACAUGUUGGUCACAUCUCGCAAAGGUUGAUCACUUUUGUAUUUGUUAGAGAAGUCUCCAUGAAAAAAAUUUUGCUGAAAAUGACAGUGUAUUGAAAGAGCAAUGUUCACCAUCGUGUUCACCCGUUCACAUAAACAUCGGCAGCUUUCAUCCUACCGGCUGUAAACGUUGCAAUGCAUUUAAAUACACAACGUUUGCUGACUUGUUACAUUCCAUUAAGGCGUUUGUUUUACUUGUUGGUAUUUUAGCAGCUUCCUGUAUUUUAAGGGCUAAUUGCGCGUGCUGACCUGCGCGUCCACUUGCUUCCUGUCCGCUCUUGCGCUGCGUUGUGUCUCUCUCACGCUGCUGCUCACGUCGUUUCGGGGAUGUUGUCUCCGUGUUGAACUGAUAUUGCAUUUUUUUUUUUAAUUCAGGAAAAUGGAACCCAAAAUUCAAAUGGCUCAAGGUGUAUCAACCCCGAUCGGUGUACUAGCCCAUGUUGGAGUGCCGUAUUGACGCACCUUUCCAUAAUGUUCGCUUGCCCAGAAUGUCUCCUUUUUCCUCCCGAACGAACCUUUAAAUUCGCGUCAGACAGCCCGAGACCCGGCCAAGGUUUCCAGGACGAAUAUUCGAUAUAGAUACCUACAGUGCGACGCCCGUGUGCGCUUUACGUCACGUCCUGCUUUGACAGCAACGGAGAAAGAAGAACGAGAAGGAUGAUGCCGUGGUUCAAGCCACUUUGGAGAACGAGGACUGUGAUAGCAAUGGAAGCAUUCAGCCUAAUCGACGAUGGCGUUUGAAAUGCAACUGGCAGCUGUGUGUGGAGCACAGCAUUCAUACAAUGGGGCAGUGCUUUGUUAUGCAAUGAACUGAUCGCACAUGGCCAGCAUUCACGACAGGGCGGUUUCAAUUGACGAAUGUUCUCAAGUGGACCAACCUGCACAACCUUUGGGUUUUCUACAUUGUCAAUAUUUCAUGCUUUGGGGCGUGUAAAGUUGUCUCGAGAUAUAUAGGAUAUAUGAUUAAGGGCCGUGACCCUAUCUUCAUACUGAAAGUGUCACGUUGGUCUUGGCGUCUGUGUCCACCAGGCGAAUGAAGUCAAAACGCCAUGCCCUUUUGAGUCCCCAUAGAGUGCCGUGACCUGACAUUAUCGCGAUGUUCGAUAAAUUAAUUUCUUUGCCGGCGUUAGUGAAGUAUGAAACUAGGAGAGACAGUGCACGACAUCUUUUUCAAAGACGGCGGAAAGCUACCAAGACGCCGCAUACAUGCUAGAGAUGCGUGCGCGUGGAUUGAUUUCAGUGGUUGGGGACUUGUGCAGUGUGCCGAACUUUUCCCGCACCAUACGUAGCCAACCGCGCCAAUCGGCGGCGUUUGCGCCGCGCAUUCUCUCGGCACGCUCAUCAGAAUUCACCCAGGAGGGCUGGUGGUGGCUUUGCUGCUGCAGGUUAUUUAUUAGGAGUUUUCACCGCCUUCCAUGGCUAAAGACCCCCCCCCCCCCAUUGUGACCUCUCACUGCAAGUGAACAUUAAUGUUGCCUUAUCGCGUUCCUAAGUAGCUAUAGUACCGGAUAGGGGCUCCGACACUAGUCAGGGAAUGUAGUUAAACCUUUGUUUCCAUUUCUCUUGGAAUCAUGCCUUGUUUACAAAUCUUAGUAAACUUGUUUUUUUACUGGCAAUUAAUUAUGCCCGUUUGGCGGCGUGGAUUCCUCUGCGUCGGUGUACAUGCUGAAGUAAGAUGAUGGGGGUGAUACAGGUGACUUGUGUGGCGUCCAUUAUGUGCCAUGACCAGAGCUCCCAGCCAGAGGAAAACCCGUUACUACCGCAAUAAUCACCAACGUUCAACUCGGAGAAACUGCACCUGACUUAACACCCACAGGGGCCGUUGAGCGAACCCAGCCAUUGGGUCAUUACACGAAGGGAGAAUACGUAAGAAAAUCAAGUAUAAGAUUGUUGUAUUCACAGCAAUCGUGCGCGUUAUAUUUAUGCAAACCCUCAAGGCGUAUUGUUAGAAUCGUACCGGAGGUUUAUAAACGCAAUCCGUCACACGAGUGUCCGUCCGCGCGUGAUUCGAAUGCAUUUCCCAUGAUUCGGUCGACACGCCUUGCCACAUUUCGUUCCAUCAGCUGUUUGCGGCUCGUUCACUGCAACACAGAACAUUCUCUCACCCCCCCCCCCCCCGUCCAUCUUCACGGAGCUUGGAUUCUGGAUUCACUUUUUCAACCUGUGCUUCCUCUCUCGUGUUAACCGACUCGACUGCAAACGCUCUGGGUACUGUUACUUGCUCUGGCUCCCGUGUUAACAACUGUGAAGAACUAAUAAAACUGGUCAUAAAAAUCGCUUAUUAUUAUUAUGCCAGUGCCUGAUG